CGGUACCCUUUGGGCUGAACGAGCAGCUGUUCCAGGAGGCCCAGAGGCCCUUCGACCUCCGGGACGAUCCGCUGAUCCGCGUCGUCUUGGCCAAGGCCUCCAGCAGCCUGCACUUCAUGCUGAUCACCGCACAUCACUCUGUGAUCGACGGUCGCUCGCUCGCAAUACUCGCCCAGGAGAUAUCCAUGGUCUACACUGGCCUGGUUCUGAAGCACGAGGUCCAGCUGCCGCCGCUGGCGCUCCAGUACGCGGACUUCUCCUACUGGCAGCGGCAGUGGAUGGCACAGGGCCGGAUGGACGAGCAGCUGAAGUACUGGCGGCGCCAGCUCGAAGGACUCCAGGUGCUGCAGCUGCCGGGCGACUGGCCGCGGCCCGCGCGGCUGCCCCCCGACGGCGCGCAGGUGCGCUUCCAGCUGCCCGCCGAGGUGGCCGCUGGCGCGCGCGCCCUCGCGCGCGCGCGGGGCUCGACGCUCUUCGGCGUGCUGCUCGCCGCCUUCGGAGUGGUCCUCGGGCGCUGGGGGAACUCGCCCGACGUCGCCGUCGCGUCCGUGGUCGCCAAUCGAGACGCGCCCGAGGUCGAGCGGCUGGUGGGCUACUUCGUGAACACGGUCGUCUUCCGGAUGCAGCUGCAGGGCUCCUUCGAGCAGCUGCUGGCGCAGCUGCGGGACAAGGCCGCCGGCGCCUUCGCGAACGCCUCCGCGCCGUACGUGUCCGUGUUGGAUUCCGCGGGGAUCGACCCAGCGGCCGUGCCGGCGAUGUUCGUGCUGCAGGACGCAGCGGAUAACAAGUGGUCGAUGCCUGGGGUGUCAGUGGCCGAGGUCGAACUGCCGCGCACCGCUGCGCUCUUCGACAUCACCCUGGAGAUGCGGGAGGACAGGGACGGAGGGGGGUCGCUGAGCGGCUUCGUGGUGUACAACACGAGCCUCUGGACGGAGGGCCGUGCGAAGCGCUUCGUGGACAGUCUGCAGGCGGUGCUGGCCGCCGCCGCGGCCGAGCCAACGGCCGCUCUCGGCGCCCUGCCCGCGAUCCAGGAGGCCGACUCGGCGCAGAUCCUCACGUGGGGCGGGCACAACGAGAAGGCCGAGCGCUCGCUCGGACCCGUGGAGGCGCUCGGCCGCCGACUGCUGAUGCACGCAGGCCGGGAUGCGAUCCUGCACGGCGCCAUCGCUGUUACUUUCGAGGAGUUCGGCUUGCGAGUCGCAGCCCUCGCGUCUGAGGUCAAGCGGCGUCUCGGUGAUGCAGCAGCCGAGGGAGAGGAGGCAGUGGUCGCGGUGCUACUGCCGCGGUCGGUGGAGAUGGCCGUUGCCGUGUGGGCGGUACUGGGCGCUGGCGCGGCUUACGUUCCGGUGGACCCAGAGUACCCAGCGGAGAGGAUUGCACACAUCUUCGAGAACGCCGCGCCCAGGCUGCUGCUGUGCUGGAAGGACGCUGCGACCAGCGCGCCGCUGGGAUCCGAGGCCUUCUGCGUCGAGGAGUGGCCGGCACGAGACCCCAGGCCCCUCAAGGAGGCUGCUGCGUCGCUGGAGAGGCCGGCGCCGGAGCGGCUGGCGUACGUCAUCUACACCUCGGGCUCUACGGGGCGGCCGAAGGGCGUGGCGGUGGAGCACAAGGCGGUGGCCAACAUGGUCAAGGAGCAGAUCCGCCUGAUGGGCAUCGCCCCGGAGGACAGGGUGCUGCAGUUCUUCAAGCCCGCUUUCGACGGCGCGGUGCAGGAGUACCUCAGCACCCCCUGCGCUGGCGCGGCGCUGGUGCUGUGGGACGCGGACCAGAGCUUUGCCGACGUGCUCCUGGAGAAGCGUGUGAGCGUGGCGACCCUGACGCCCAGCGCGCUGGCCGUGCUCGACCCGCACCGGCUGCCGCACCUGAAGAGCCUGGCGGUGGCGGCGGAAGCGGCGCCGCCGUCUCUGGUGGACGCGUGGGCGCAGGAGGGCCGCAGGCUGGUCAAUGCCUACGGGCCGAGCGAGAGCUGCGUCGUGGUCACGUGCGCGGAGCUGCACCACGGCAUGAAGCAGGUGCCCAUCGGCCGCCCGCUCCAGGGCUGCCAGUGCUACGUGCUCGAGCCCAGUGAGCGCCGGUCGCUGCAGCCCGUGGGCGUGGGCGGCGAGCUGUGCAUCGGGGGCGUGCAGCUGGCCCGCGGGUACUACGGCAGCGCGGCCAAGACGGCGGAGAAGUUCGCGGAGAACCCCGUAGGCGGAGCGAGGAUGUACCGCUCGGGCGACAUGGCGACGUGGCUGCCCGAGGGACAGCUGCUAUACCUCGGCAGGAACGACGACAUGGUGAAGGUGCGCGGGUUCCGGGUCGAGCUCACCGAGGUGGAGGCCGCCCUGGCAGCCUGCGGGGCGCAGUUCCAGGCCGCAGCCCUCAAUUCCACAAAGGACGGGCUGUGGGCCUGGGCCACGCCCGCAUCGCUGGACGCGGCACGGCUACGGGAGGGGGUCCAGAAGAUCUUACCACAGUACAUGGUGCCCCAGAGGAUCUUCGUGCUCGAGGAGCUUCCUCUCAACCCAAACGGCAAGAUCGACAAGGUCAAGUUGCUAUCCUUGGCCGCAGCCGCCACGACCGUCGAGGACGAGCAGAGCGACGACGGACCCCAGAGCCAUCUCGAAGAGCGUCUCUGCACUAUCAUCUCCAGCGUCCUGGGCGUGGAGCGGGUAGGGGUCACCGCGAAUUUGAAGGAUUGCGGCAUGUCGUCGCUCAAGUCGGUGCUGCUGGUGUCCAAGCUGCGGGACGCAGGCUUCAGCGUGCCGCUGGGGCAGCUCUACGAGCUGACAACGGUGAAGGCUAUAGCCGAGUUCGUGGAGGCGGAGCAGGGCGCAGGGGACCUAUCCAUGCAGGUCGCAGAGUCGAGCUCGCGUCGCACCUGCUGCUCCCGCCGCGGCAUCGGCAACUCCAGCGCCGCCACGUUCUGGGGCCUUGUCUGGUUCGCACUACGGCUGGUCGUGUGGAUGUGGAUCAGCGGCGUCGUGAUCUGGCCAGCAGUUCUACCACUGUGGUUCGCGAGCAGCGUGGCGCUUCCCCACCUGGGGCUCGCCUGGGCUCUCCUAUGGCUUGUCGUGGCGGCCUACCCGAUGUACCUCCUGGGAGUUGCCUCCCUCUGCGUGCUCACCAAGUGGGCCGUUGUCGGCCGCUACAAGACGGCCGCGGUCCCCACCGACUCCUGGGCCUUCCUGCGGUGGUGGGCGGUCGACCGCCUGCUGGCCUACGCCGGCGAGCUGGCGCUGGGGGCGCUGAGGGGCAGCCCGAUGUACUUUGCCUACCUCCGGGCCAUGGGCCUGCAGGCGCGCGGCUACUGCAGAGUGGACACGCGCUUCGUGUCCGAGUUCGACCUCAUCUCCCUGGGCAACGGCUGCGUGAUCGCGGAGGGCGCCAAGCUGCGGCCCGGCGUGCUCGAGGCUGGCCUGCUGCGGCUGAAGCCCAUGUGCUUCGGCGACCGCUGCGCCAUCAGCGAGAACGCGGUGUGCACCUCGGGCGCCACCGCGGGCAGCGACGUGACGCUGCAGCCUCUGUCGUUCCUCUCGGGCCGCACGGGUCGCACGCUGCCCGACGGCUCGGUGUGGAAGGGCUGCCCCCUCGGAGAGUCGCGCCAGCAGCCCAUUCGGCAGGAGGAGGGCAGGCUGUGGAAGGAUCUGGCGUCGGACCUGCUGGCGCUGCUGACAGCGUUGGCCCUUCUCGUGGCCAGCGCGGGAGUGGCCUAUUGCGUCUUCCAGGCGCUUGCAGUCGCGCAGGGCAUGCCAUGGGACUCCAUGAGCGACUUCGAGAAAGCGCAGGGCGCCCUCUUCGCGGCUGCCUGGCUUCUGUUCGGUCCGCCAGUGAUGGUUUCCGCAGACGUGCUGAUGGGCCUGGAUUUGGCCAACGCCGCGGAUCGCGCGGCGACAGCGAUGGGCGAGCCCAGGUGGCAGUUCGGCCUGCGAGUCGCUGGCAUGAUCGUGCUCGCCUACGCGGCGCACGGCUGGACCCUCACUUUCUGUUCGGCAUUGCUCGGCCGCGUGCUGCGAGGGUCGCGGCGGAAGAGAGGUGCGUUUUUCCAGGCGCGCACGCUCUUCCUUCGCAUCACGUUCCCGCGAUACCCGGCCCAGCUGAGCGGCACCGCGGCGAUGGCCCUCUACCUGCGCCUUCUGGGCGGCAGGGUGAGCCCCACAGCCUGCGUGUCUCUGUCGGAGCCCCCCCUGGAGCCGCGCAAGCUGCGCGUCGGCGCCCGCGCGCUGGUCAUCAAUGCGCAGGCGCUCGGCGAGGCCUCGGUGGGCGACCGGGCCUUCGUCGGCGGCGGCUCCGUGCUCCUGCCGCACGCCGAGGUCGAGCGGGGAGCGGUGGUCGGCGGCAUGUCGGUGGUUGGUCGUCCGGUGAAGACGGGCACGGUGCUGGCGGGCAACCCCGGGGUGAUCGUGCGGCGCGCAGAGCUCGCGCGCCCGCCGCCCUGUGGCCUGGUGCCGCGCCUGGUGCAGGAGCUCCUGUGGGUCGUCUACCCUUUGCUGGCCCCCAUGCUGCUUCAGCUGGUGCUGCUCGUCACGCUGCUGCCCGCGAUGUACGCCCUCACCGUGGUGAUGGACACUCUGGAGUCCGACGCCUGGGCCUGGGCUAGGCUGCCGGUCGUGUGCAUGGCGCUGGCGCCCGCCUACGUGCUUCUCGGAUGGUGCUUGGCUCUGGUGGCCGUGGUCCUGAAGUGGGUGGUGGUCGGCAAGGUGCGCCCACAGUCUGGCUGGCAAUGGCACGGCUCCGCCCACCACUACGCCUUCGCCUUCGUGCAGUCGCUGUGCGGCCUCACGACAGGCGUCUACGCAGGCAUGGCGCACGGCUCCCCCUUGUACAAUUGGUGGCUGCGCUUGCUCGGCUCGCACGUGGCCACCGACGCUGUCGUGAUGACGCCGAUUAUGGACUUCGACGUCGUGUCCAUCGGCAGCGGCGCCGUUGUGGAACGGGAGGCCACGGUGUCGGCGACGCGCAUGCUGCCCGCCCAGGGUGGGCCAUCGGAGUUUUGCACCCGCUACAGCACGGUAUCCGUCGGGCCGCGCAGCACGAUCUCUUGCUCCGCCGCGAUGGUAGCCGCGGACACGGGCGAGCUCAGCGUGCUGGCGCCUUUGUCGACGCUAGGUCCCUCGGCGCGCUUGCCAGCCAGAGCGCUUGCCGUGGGCUCCCCGCCGCAAAAGUUCGUGUGGUCCAAGGAGCGCGACAACCUCAUCAGGCCAUCCACGCGGCCACUGCCUGGGGAGCUGAAACCCUCUGUGCCGUUGCCGCCCUUCGUGGCCCGCGCUCUGGGCCGCAUGAAGGUCCAGAGCAGCACGGCACCGCCAGACGCCCCGGCACCGCUCGUCACGGGCGCAAACGGCUUCUUGGGGCGCUUCAUCGUCGCGGCGCUCCUGGAGACGACCGAGUGCCAGGUGCUGUGCCUCGUGCGCGGGGCUGACUCCGAGACCGCGCGGGGGCGCCUGGAGGCCUCGCUGAGAACGGCGGGUGUGACGUCACCCGAGUUGCUGAGACGGGUGGAGGUUGUGAAAGGCGACCUCUCCAAGCGCAGCUUUGGCCUCCCUUUCGCCGAGUUCCAGCGGCUCGCUGGCCGGGCGUCGCACGUUAUCAACACCGCCGCCCGCGUUAACCUCGCGGAGCCGUUUCAGCUGAUGCGGAAGGACAAUGUGGAGGCCGUGGCGCACUUGCUGGAGUUCUGCUGCGUGGUAAGGUGCUCCAUGGACGUCCCCAGCUGCAAGCGCGGCGACUCCCCCAUUAGCUUCUACAACUCGUACGACUUCGACUCGUACCCCGUUUGGGCUUGCGCGACUGACAACGUGCGCAAGCUUCAGCUCAAGACUGGGCUCCACAGGCGCAACGGCUCCGAGCUCUGCACGGUGGCGUCUGCCCGUGGACACUUCACCCCACAGGAGGAGCUAGACUUCAAGUAUUGGAAUACGGCGACCCUCGAUAGUAUCUUCCACACAUUCGAGAAGCGGACCCUCGCUAAGCUGGACGAAAAGUUUCUCGCGGGCUUCGGACUUUUGUCGGUCUCCAACGCCAAGCAGCUGCCCACCAUGUUCGCUACCUCGGUCAAGCCCGUCAUGGAUUCCCUCCAGAGUCAGGUCGCCAAAGAGAUCAUCAACAUCCGCUCCGAGCUCGGCGCCGCGUACGAUUCGCACAUCCUGACCCUCGACAUCCGCGAGAUUGCAGAUGGUGUUCUCGCCGCUGCAGCUGAUGCAUGGCGUGCGGCAGAUGAAGCUCACGGCCGCCUUCAUGCCACUCGCCGAGCAGGUGACGAAGCACGCCUAGUGGUAGAACUUGUUCACGCUGCUGCGGCUGACGUUCACCUAUCGGUAGCAGAAACUCGUACUCAUCCAAUUGAGCUGAAGACGCAAGUCACCCAGCUGGGGCUGCGCGUCAACAACCUGUAUAAAGAGCUCCUGGACACAGUCGACCAGAGGCUGAAGCUCAUCGAACUGGACACCGAAGAGAUGCAGCAGCAGAUCGACUCCAUCGAGCAGCACGUCCAGUCCUUACAAAGCCACGAGCAGUACCCUGUCAACCGCGAUGGCUCUCCCCAUGUCGACAACUACUUCGACACCCUGCUGACGCACGUCCAGCGCGAUGACUGCUGCAACGGCUUCAUGAAGAUCCUGAACUCGCUGCCCGAGCCGCAUUCUAGUGACUGGCACUCUAGCGACUGCCAGCCGCCUGCAUCAGGUAUCCGAGGCACUGCCGCCACCGAUUCGCCCAAGCCGCUGAUGCAGUCCGAGACCACCGCGCUGCCCAUGCCGUUCAAGACCCUCACCACGCCGCUUCCGACCGCGUCCACCGAGCUGAAGCUCGACGAGGCCGCCGAUGCGGAGGCGACACAGUCCGAGACCGACGAGCUGCCCCCCCCGAGCGAGACCUACGAGCUGCAGCAGCAGAUCGCGUACGAGCUGGAACCCGACGAAAUAGAGUUCAACUCAGAGCUCGAGCACGCCGAGCCGACCAAUGUUCCGGAUUCCAUCGACCUGUGCAUGCCGCAUCCCGGGCUGAAGGCGGCGCAGUCUGAAUUCGACGAGCUUCUCAUGCCGAGCGAGACCAACGAGCUGCAGCAACAGAUCGCUUACGAGCUGGCGCACGACGAGCUGGAACUCGACGAGCUGCAGCAGCCGCCCGCGUACGACGAGCUGGACGAGUUUGACGAGCACGCGCUGCAGUCUGAGUUCGGCCAGCUGUUCUCGCCGAGCGAGAUCGACGAGCUCAGGCUGCAUUUCGAGAGUGACGAGCGGCCGCUGGGCGACAUCCGGUCCCUCCCGCUGUACGGCACCGGCGACCAGGCGAACGGCUACCCUUACAGUAAGUGGCUCGCAGAGUUGCUGGUGUUCAAGGCGGGCAGGCAGGGCCUGCCGGUCAGCGUGCACCGCCCAGGGCUGAUCGGCGGCCACUCGCAGCUCGGGGUGAUGGCAAAGGCUCGGAAGCUUGGCACCGCUGGUGCUUCAGACAUAGGGAUGGCCGGCGCGCUCGCCGAGAAGCAUCGGCAGCGGGCGCGAGAUGGCGCAGCCGAGGACGACGCGCGGCCGAUCCGCAGUGCAAGUCGGCUGAACGGGCCCGCAUCCGUCAUGGGCGAAGCGAUGGACGCCACCCCCGCGGGCGACCUCCCUCGCGCCGCCGACCCGCGCGGCCAGAGGUUCAAGAGCUGCGAGGCCAAGAUGCCGGCCGGCCAUCUCCAUGCCUGGGGAGAGAAGGUGAGCGAGAUCGAGGACAGGUCGAAGAAGGGGGGGAAAGGUGCCGGCCAGGGAGUCCGGAGCCUCGCGGGGCAGAACGAUCCGCACGAGGUCAGGCAUCCGCCCGGGCGGGCUCCCGUCGUGGAGCUGCCCCUCUUCAGAAGGCGAGCGGCAGAGCCAAGCGGGAAGCGGUCGCUGAAGGUGAAGGAGAAGGAUCGGGGGGCGGGCACGUGCGAGAAAGGCUUGAGGUGUCGCGCAGGCGAGAGCAUCUUCCAGCGGACAUCCCUCUUGGAGCCAGGGGAGCUGACGUUCAGGAGAGUGGCAGGAUGGCCGGGCGAGGCGCUGCGCAGCCUCCACAGCGAGAAGCGGAGCAUCGCGAAGAUGGGUGCGCGAGCACUGCGACUCGCCCUUCGCUCUAGCACGAGGCUGGGGCAGAUGGCGCGGCAGACCUUCACAGCAGCGCGCCGGGCGGUCGAGAUCACCGCGCGGCGGAGGGGCGCGCCGCCGCUGCCGCUGCCCAGCGACGGCGACUACAUCCGAGCGCUGUUCCAGUACUUCAGUGACCCCACGCGGAGCAUGGAGAUCUACGGCGGGGACAACCGCCGCGACUUCCGACGGAAGGUUGGCGCCAGCGCCCAGGUCUGCCUCCAGGUGAUAGACUCCAUCCGUGAGACGCUGGCGCGCCUCGCCCCAACGUGGACCGGGUUCCGCAUUCAAGAUCAGGCCAAGUACUUCGGAACGUUCAUCGGUCCUGGCGCCACGCUUGCGCUGAUUUGGGUGGACUGGGUCGCCAAGGCCAUCGUGGCCAUCGCCAUGGCCCCUGGGGGCAGCGACGCGCCAGCCGGCUCCACGUUCCACCCCGCGGCCCCGGGCAACGCCGUCACCAUGGGGGUGUUGGCCGCGGUGCUGCGGGAGCCCGCGGCGCGCGCAGAGGGGCAGGGCAAGGGGCGCAAGGCCAUGCUUUCCCGGUCGUCAUCGAGGAACACGCCCGUCAUCCUGACGGUAGCCGCCCGGUACAAGCAUGCGCCGUCCCCUUUCAUUGUGAAGAUUCGCCACUUCUGCCCUUCGGUCCCAAGCCACACCGUCGCGCAGAUGCCCAACACGCACGGCUGGAUGGAGUCGCUCCACUUCCCGAGCUCGCUCUGUUUGUCGGGCUGCAGGGUUUUCGGCAUGAGCUUGGGCUGCGUGUCGUGCUUGGUCGAGACGGCGCCGGUACCGAUCUCGUUCACCUCCACCAAGCCGCCGUUGACCUCGCGCACAAAGUACUCCCGACGCUCGCCUCCUGCGUGGUGGAACUUCGGGUCCCUGGUCUUCGAUGCGUACUCCAUGUUGAGGCAAACUAUUCCGUCGCCCGACACGAGCGCGUCGGCGCCCUUGGCGCUAGCUUUCCGUUGCCGCUUGAGGACGCGCCCGAGCGUCUCUGGCGUGGGCUGGUUCCCCCUGGCCGGGCAAUUGGUUGAAGGCCAGCACAGAAGGUGCCAAACUGUCCCGGUGGCCACCGUGCUUCAAGUCAAGGAUACGGUUGUGCACUUCGACCAGCCCGUUGGACUGUGGUCGUGGUCGCGCGCGAAACGCAGCAUGAUGGACUGCACGUCCUUGAGGUUGAUCUUGUCCACGUCCAGAUCCCACGCGAACGCCUUGUUGCUGGCGAAGUCGAUCGCCGGCCGCCGGCAGCACGACCCAGGGAUCACAUUUGAGCGGGACCGUCCCCUUCAGGAGGCCGGCUACGAGGGGCUGCGCACGGUGGACUUCUCGCAGUGGCGGGACUCCAUCUUGGCGGACCCAGAGCAGUUCAAGAGUUGGUCGUUCUGCGCCGCACUCUCCGUCGAGGGCGACGGGAUCGACUCCAUGGUCGAGGGCAAGGAGGGCGCCAAGGCCAUGCGCGCGGCGGUCGGCGCGGAGGCGUUCGACAGCUUCAGCCCCAGGGCGUGCCUGGAGAGGUCGCUGGAAUACUGCAUCGCGAACGGCCUGCUGCCCCCGCCCGACGCGGCCAGCAGCAGCUGCUGCACCUCGACCGCGGUUGGCUCGCGCCCUCUGGCGCGGCCACUGCUGGGCGAGCCGUAGGGCACAGGAGGCGAUCGAGGUGCUCGUGGAGACCACCAGCGGCGCCUCAAGUUGUUUUAAUCGUUCCCCCACAGCGGCUGGCGCACGGAUGUCUAGGCAAGCUGUGUCGGCGACGGGCGAUCCCGAUCGCCACAC